AUGAUCAUAAAGAUCUCAUUAAUUAUCACUAAAGAUUUGAGUUUUGAAGAUAAGGGCAAGGUUGAUUUCAACAACCGCGAUACAUAUGAGUUCUUUUUCAAAGAGUAUUUGGAAAGAAUCAAGGACAAAGAAGGCUUAACAUGGGAGCAUAUUCGUUGCUCUGCCAACUCCAUGAAGGAUAAGAAUUACAGGUGUGAGUUUGGUUCAAAUGAAAUUAGCAAAAUGGAAGAAUAUAUUUGCGAAUCUGAAGAAGAAAAUGAUCUCGACGAAUCUGAUGACGAUGAAUUGGAGGAGCCUGAAGAAUAUAAGCCACAUGGGAAGAAAAACACAUCUAAGAAAAAGAUUGGUAUGAUGAAAGAAAAAGGGAAAAAAUCAAAGAGAACUAAGUUUAUUGCUUGGGGAUCACAACCUCUGAUUGAAUUCCUCGCUUCCAUUUGUCAAGGGACAUCAAAACAAUUAUCACAAUAUGAUGUUACUACCAUAGUUACAAACUACUGCAUUGAAAACAAGCUUUUUCAUUCAGAAAAGAAGAAGAAAAUAAUAUGUGAUGCAAGGCUACAAUGUCUUUUGGGAAGAAAAUCAUUGAAUAAAAAUAGUAUAUAUAAUCUUUUGACCAUCCAUUUUGCUGAAAAUUUUGAGCAAUCGGAGCAGGAUGACUUUGGCAGUAGUUCUGAACAUAAGGAUGGGGGUUUAUUGGGGGCCUGUAAAAGCCAGAGAAAGUUGAAAAAACGUAGAGAAGAUCAGAAGAUCAAAGAAACUGAAGAACUGUCAAAGAGCAGUUUUGCAUCUAUAAUUGCCGGGAACAUCAAGCUUGUCUAUUUGAAGAGGAGUUUAGUGGAGCAACUACUGAAGGAACCAAAGACCUUUGAUGCUAAAGUUGUGGGAAGUUUUGUGAAAGUCAAAUCUGAACCCAAUGACUACUUACAAAGCAAUUCUCACCAGCUUUUGCAAGUUAAAGGUGUGAAUAGAUUAAAAAAUAGUGAAAUGAAUGAAGAAAUUCUAUUGGAGCUUUCCAAUUGGCUGAAACAUGUGCCCAUCUGCAAGCUAUCAGACGACAACUUUUGUGAGAUUGAAUGGGAACAAGGAAAGAUGACUUUCAUGGCAGCGUCAAGGACUGGAUCAUUAGACUAA